AACGAAAGGACAGUGAAGGCAGCAUUGCCGUCAGUCUUCCGCCGGUCGGACACGCACGCAGCUACAACAACAUGCCCGCUUCUGUUAUUGUCCGGAGGUUAGCAGCCCUGUCAGGGGCUUCGGCGGUGGCAGCCGGGGCAUACGGGGCUCACGGGUUCAAAAACAGCGACCCCGAUGACUACCAGAGAGUGCUCUUUGAGACCGCCAACAAGUACCAUUUCUACCACAGCCUGGCCCUGCUGGGUGCUGCCCACUGUAGCAAACCUGCUGUGGCUGGUACCCUCCUGAUAGCAGGCAUGGGGAUGUUCUGCGGCUCCCUGUACCACCAGGCCCUAACAGGGGACCCCGGUCUACGCAAGGUGGCUCCCAUGGGGGGCAUGGCCAUGAUCGUUGGCUGGCUGGCCAUCGUUCUCUGAACCGUAACAGUUCACAGCUCAUCCACAGGGCACCGACGUGACACUAAACUGUCAGACUGUUAACGGAUGAGCUGGAGAGCUCUGAGUGUUGGCUGAGGGGUUGAAGUGCUGAGUUAUGUCACACAUCCGGCCGCUCCCUGUCCUGGGCUGUGGGUGUCGGCGGGAGAUAAGGUCACGACAGGAUUAUCAGUUUUCUACCGUUGCUGUGUGUGUUUGACUGGUGCCCUUUGACUGUUUUGUUUAGAGUCAAAAUGUACAAGCAAGCGAGUCGUGCAUGCAUGAAUGAUUUGUUGAGGUGACAUUUUCAGCGGCAUACCGACUUUGUACUGGGAAAGAACAUCACUAAUGAGCUAAAAUAAAUUUCCAUUGUUAUCCAUAGGUUUGUGAGUGUGAGUAAUACAAUAGUGUACCGCGUUUCUUUAUUUUUACUUCAUUUUCCCCUACUGCAUUAAACACAUUAUAUGAAGGGAUUCAAAUGAAAUAAAUACAUUUUCUUACACAU